CAGUUGUACUGCUAUCUGUGCUGUACAACAAGGGAUAGUAGCCAGCGGCCACAAGCCGAGGCUACUCCAUCCUUGGCCUCCUCCAUUUCCCCGCUGGCCGCCGGCGCGCCUCCGCCGUGGUCAGCCGUCUCCGCCGUGGAGAAUGCUGCCCCACGCACCGUCCCGGUACCCCGGCGCCGCCAAGUUCAAACCCCUCCUCCCCACCAAACCGCCUCUCGCUCCCGCCUCCUCCCGAGGAAACCUCUGCACCGCCGCCGCCUCCCGCCGCGACUUCCUCCUCCUCGUCCCGUCCCUAGCGGCAGCAUCCACAGCCAUCCAGUACCUCCCCCUCGCGGCCUCCGCCGCGGACGAUGAGAACCCGGCCCCACCGCCGCCACCCGCUCCGGCCCCGCCUCCUGCUGGGGAUCCCGAAGGGGAGGCGCUAUCCAGGAUGUACGACGCCACGGUCAUCGGGGAGCCGCAGGCUGUCGGGAAGGACGCGCGGGGCAGGGUGUGGGAGAAGCUGAUGGCCGCGCGGGUCGUGUACCUCGGCGAGGCCGAGCUCGUGCCCGACCGCGACGACCGGGUGCUCGAGCUCGAGAUCGUGAGGAAGCUGGCCGCUCGGUGCGCGGACGCCGGGAGGAGCCUCUCGCUCUCGCUUGAGGCGUUCCCCUGCGACCUCCAGGAGCAGCUCGGCCAGUUCAUGGAUGGGAGCAUUGAUGGCAACAGCUUAAAGUUGUACACAUCUCACUGGGCACCAGAGCGAUGGCAGGAGUAUGAACCUCUUUUAAACUACUGCCGUGAUAAUGGAAUCAAGCUUAUUGCAUGUGGAACUCCACUUGAGGUAGUAAGAACUGUCCAAGCUGAAGGAAUCAACGGUCUUUCAAAAGCAAAUAGGAAGUUGUAUGCUCCUCCAGCUGGCUCAGGCUUCAUUUCUGGCUUUACAUCCAUCUCGGGCCGAUCAUUGAUAGACAAAACUUCAUCCUCCAAUGUCUCUCCUUUUGGCCCUAGCUCAUAUCUAUCUGCACAGGCAAGAGUAGUUGAUGAUUAUACCAUGUCCAAAAUAAUAAUGAAGGAAAUUACUACUGGAGAUCCUUCAGGGAUGCUUGUUGUUGUCACUGGUGCGAGCCAUGUUAUGUAUGGGUCUCGAGGAAUUGGUGUUCCUGCCAGAAUAUCUAAAAAGAUGCAAAAGAAAAAGCAAGUUGUGAUUCUUCUUGAUCCUGAGAGGCAAGGUAUAAGGAGAGAAGGUGAAAUCCCCGUAGCCGAUUUAUUGUGGUAUUCUGCUGCCAAGCCAUGCAGUAGAAAUUGCUUCGACCGUGCUGAAAUCGCUAGAGUUAUGAAUGCAGCUGGUAGGAGGCGUGAAGCUUUACCUCAGGAUAUUCAGAAAGGAAUAGAUCUUGGUGUAGUUUCUCCUGAGAUACUGCAGAACUUUUUUGACCUUGAGAAAUAUCCUGUUGUGGAUGAAUUGAUUCACCGAUUCCAAGGUUUCCGUGAAAGGUUACUGGCAGAUCCCAAAUUCUUGAACAGAUUAGCGAUCGAAGAGGGCAUAUCAAUAACUACAGCUGUCUUAGCACAAUAUGAAAAACGGAAAGGACGGUUUUUUGAAGAGAUCGACUAUGUCCUUACUGAUACAAUUAGAGGUUCUGUUGUUGAUUUUUUUACAGUGUGGCUUCCUGCUCCAACUAUUUCGCUCUUAUCUAUUGCUGACAAUGGUUCUGGUGAGAGCUUGGAGCUUGUUAGAGGACUGUUAGGAUCACUACCAGAUAAUGCAUUUCAAAAGGGGAUCGUGGGCCAGAAUUGGGACAUUAACCAGAGAGUUGCAUCCGUACUAAUGGGUGGCCUUAAACUUGCUGGUGUUGGAUACGUUUCUAGUAUUGGAGCUGAAGUUGCUUCAGAGGUUUUGUAUGCUGCUCGUCGAGUUUUGAGACCCUCUGCAACUAUGGAGGCAGAACGUGCAAGAGCUCCCAUCUGGAAAUCAGCAGCUGUUUAUAGUGGCUUCCUUGGAACAUCUGCAAAUCUGCGAUAUCAGGUCAUUGCUGGUCUGGUGGAGCAUCGGCUUGGAGAAUAUCUGGUGUCGUACUAUAAUCUGCCACUUCUUGCUAAUGUGUUAUCUUUUGUUGCACGGAUAAUCAAUUCAUACUUUGGAACACAGCAAUGGAUCGAUCUUGCACGUUCUACAGGCAUCCAAACAAGUGAGGAAGAUCUACCUCCUCCUGAAAUUCCCAGCUCACCAGAAAUACCGCUACUAGAAUGUGGCACAACAGAACUACAGAAUACAGACAAUGUUACGAACAAAUCAGGCGACGAGACAUAGUCACGAGCUUAUUUGGUUGUAGGCAUGCAACUCAAGGAACGGGUUUGUUUUAUGAUACACCACACACAGUACAGGCAUAGACAUAGGGUCUUCGUACAACCAUAUAGCAGUAUAGCAUUUGUCUUUCGGGAGGAAAACAUGAAAUUUUGAAGAGCUGAGUAUGUUAUUCCAGCAUUCCUUUCUCAUGGCUAAAAGGAUCUGCUGUUACACACUUGAGUAAAUAUACUGUAUGUACAUCAACGGAGAAAAGAGGCAUAAUUUUGGAACACGUACAAUUAUACUCUUGAGUU